AUGGAUCUGGACCGGCGCCGCGAGGAGGCGCGGAACCCGAAGCGGAAGCCGCGGCUGAUGGAGGAGGACGAGCUGCCAUCGUGGAUCAUCAAGGACGACGCCGAGGUGGAGCGGCUCACCUGCGAGGAGGAGGAGGAGAAGAUGUUCGGCCGCGGCUCCCGGCACCGCAAGGAGGUCGACUACAGCGACUCGCUCACCGAGAAGCAGUGGCUCAAGGUGCCGCGUCCCCAGGGUCCCCAUGGACACCACAGCCCCCAUGGACACCACAGCCCCCAUGGACACCAUGCUCACAAUGUCCCCAAGAGCUCCACGUCCCCAAAUGUCCCCCAUGGACACCACAGCCCCAGUGUCCCCAGAGGCUCCAUGUCCCCAUGGACGCUGUGCCCCUGAUGUCCCCAGGGGCUCCAUGUCCCCAGAUGUCCCCCAUGGACACCUUGUGCCCCAUGGACACCACAUCCCCAUAGACACCGUGUCCCCGAUGUCCCCAGGGGCUCCGUGUCCCCAUGGACGCCAUGCCCCUGAUGUCCCCAAGGGCUCCGCGUCCCCAUUGUGCCCCCAAGGACACCACGUCCCUAUGGACACUGCAUCCCCAAUGUCCCCAAGGACACCACAGCCCCAGUGUCCCCAAGGACUCCGCGUCCUCAAAUGUCCCCCAUGGACACCACAUCCCUGAUGUCCCCAAGGGCUCCAUGUCCCCAUGUGUCCCCAGGGACACCUUGUGCCCCAUGGACACCAUGCCCACGAUGUUCUCAAGGGCUCUGUGUCCCCAAAUGUCCCCAGGGACACUUUGUGUCCCAU